AAGAAGCUACUUUUCUUUGAAAAAUAAGGACAUUUCUAAGUGACCCCAAUCUUUUGAGCAGUAGUUAGAUAUUCAUAAAAAUAUUCAAGAAAUUUUAACUUGAUAUAUCAAAGACUUUCCAAGAUUUAGUAAUUUGAAGAACUGCCUUUUCACCCUGAAUUUUGAAGCCAUGUUUGGAUGACAGUAUUUCUUUGAGUCACUUUGGACAUCACAUGUUCAGCCCUACUGCUAGUGAAAUAGGCACAUGGAACUUGAUAAAUCGAUCUAGAAUUAAAAGGAUGCUGUAUUAACUAUACAGAGCUAGAUAUUACAGUUUAAAGCCUAUCAGAGGUGGUCGAGCAGAAGGCUCCUGAUGAUCUGAGAUGGAAUAACCCAGAUAGAGAUUUGACCUUUGGACCAUUUCAUCCUGUUUGUUUUCUUUAAUCGUAUUUCAGAAUGGAUAUGUCAGCCAUCCAGGUCAAGCAUAAUUUACUUGAAGUGAAAUGGAAGAGAUCUAAAGCUGUGUGCAGAUCAUCGUUGUUGGGUGUGAAGACAGCAGACUCAUCAGAGAUCAUUUCUCCACUAGAUGUUGUUAAAGUCACAGCUGACAUUGAGUCUGUUCACAACAGCUUGAAUUAGAUUUUGAGAACAGUGGAGACAAACCAGUCUCAGAAAAUUAAUUCUUGAAGAAUCUCUGCGAAAAACCUAUUUUGAAACACUCACACUUUUAUCAGCAGUUUUACAUCCAGAAUACUGCUAGAAAUGGUAAAUUGUAAAAAGUAGCAUUUCACUUUCAUGUAUUUGUUUAUUUAUUUCUGCAGUCUUGCUGUCAUUCAGAAUCUGUUCAUAGCUUCUUUCUGAAGAAUGCAAAAAAUAAUAUUUCUGCUAGAAACUGUGAUCAGAGAGAGAUGGAAAAGGAUGAACACGGCGGAACAAAAAGCUGUUAACUCAGUGUUUCUGCCGGAGCUUUACAGUGAGACACCAGGCAAAAUAAACAAAAGAAAAUCCUCCAGCGGCGUCAGUUUUCCUGAUGUGUGGACUGAGCUGGAGGACGGUUGUUUUGUCUCAGAUGAAUAUUUGAUCAGAAGAAGUAAAGAUGAGUUCAGUCCAGAAUCUGAGAGAGUUGAUCAACCAGCGACUAACUGCUGCUGCUGAAGAAAUAUUCACAGAGUUUGAGAAAACCAUCGUCCAGUACGAGGAGGAGAUCGAUCGUCAGCGCAGACUGCUGGAUAACAUCUGGAAACCACAGAUAACACAACACACAGCAGUUCUCCCACAGCAACAUGUCUGUAAGGAAGAGAAGGUUCUCACUGGCAACCAGCUCAACCACCAUGAGAUGAUAUCCAGUCUGGACACAGAGCCUCCACAGAUUAAAGAGGAGCAGGAGGAACUCUGCAACAGCCUGGAGGGUCAGCAACUUGCACCAAGUCAGGAGACACAUGCCUUUAUGCUGGUUCAGUGCAAGUCCAAAUGUAGAGAAUUGUCCGGAGAAAUAUUCAGAGUCUUUGAAAAAACUCUUGUGCAGUAUGAGGAAAAGUUUUAUCAUCAGCGUCGACUGCUGGAUGUCAUCUGGACACCCCAAAUGAAGUUACAAUCAGUGGAGCUCACACAGCAACAUGUCUGCAUUGAGGAAGACGUUGUCACUGAGCAGCAACUCUGCAAUCAGGAAAUGAAGUCCAGUCUGGACCACGAGGACUCAAAGCCUCCACAGAUAAAAGAGGAACAGGAAGAAAUCUGCACCAGUGUUUUCCAGGAGGACACAGAGCUUGUGCAGAUUAAAGACGAACAGGAGGAACUCUGCACCAGUGUGGACAUGGAAGAACCAGAUCCUCAUGCAAUUAAAGAAGAACAGGAGGAACUCUGCACCAGUGUUGACCAGGAGGAGCCAGAACUUCCACAGAUUAAAGAGGAACAGGAUGAAGUCUGUACCAGUCAGGAGGGAGAGCAGUUGGUACUGAAGCAGAAGAUUGAUAUCUUUGUUGUCAUUCCUAUUUGUGAGGAAAGUGAUCAAAAUAGGAGAAACAGCAGUCACAGUAAAAAUGUAGACAAUUCUGUUACGUCAGAGGGUCAGUUUAUUACUGACAGCACAGAGGAAAAAUCUGUAAAAUGUGGCAUCUGUGGAAAAACUUUUAAGUCUAGGUGCUCUUUAAAGAAACAUCACCUUAGUCACACGAGUGAGAGGCCAUACUCUUGUGGCAUCUGUGGAAAACCCUUUAAGUCUAGGUGCUAUUUAAAGAAACAUUAUCUUAGUCACACAAGUGAGAAACCAUACACUUGUGAAACAUGUGGGAAAUGUUUUAAUCGCAGUGGUAGUUUGAAACGCCACAUGGUAACACACGCAGGUGAGAAACAAUAUCGUUGCGACAUAUGUGGAAAAAAUUUCACUUUAAGUCGCAGCUUAAAAGUCCACAUGCGACUCCAUACAGGUGAGAAGCCAUAUUCUUGUGAAACUUGUGGAAAAAGUUUCACCUUAAGUCAUGGUUUGAAAGUGCAUAUGAGAAGCCACACAGCUGAGAAGCCGUAUCCUUGUGAAGAAUGUGGGAAAAGUUUUGUUAAUCGCUCUCACUUGAAAAACCACAUGAUGUUUCACACAGGUGAGAAACCGUACAGCUGCACCACCUGUGGCAAAAGAUUUUCUCAACAAUCAGCACUUAGAACACAUAUUAGAAUCCACACAGGUGAGAAGCCGUUUUCUUGCAAAUCAUGUGGAAGAAGUUUCAAUCGAAGUGGUAUUUUGUUGCGGCACAUGAGAACUCACACAGAUAGGUCAGAAUCCGCAAACAUUAGCCCCACUGACCGGACAAAGAGUCAGAUCGAUCAACUCUCCAGACAUAGGGACCCCUUCUACAUCAACAUCAUCAAGUUAUCUAAACAUCCCAGAACCUACACAAACACAUUCCAUACUUUAGAUAAUAUAAAUGACGUGUCUCAGUCAGAUGAAGUAAAGAUGAAUUCAGUCCAGAAUCUGAGAGAGUUGAUCAACCAGCGACUAACUGCUGCUGCUGAAGAAAUAUUCACAGAGUUUGAGAAAACCAUCGUCCAGUACGAGGAGGAGAUCGAUCGUCAGCGCAGACUGCUGGAUAACAUCUGGAAACCACAGAUAACACAACACACAGCAGUUCUCCCACAGCAACAUGUCUGUAAGGAGGAGAAGGUUCUCACUGACAACCAGCUCAACCACCAGGAGAUGAUAUCCAGUCUGGACACAGAGCCUCCACAGAUUAAAGAGGAGCAGGAGGAACUCUGCAACAGCCUGGAGAGUCAGCAACUUGCACCAAGUCAGGAGACACAUGCCUUUAUGCUGGUUCAGUGCAAGUCCAAAUGUAGAGAAUUGUCCGGAGAAAUAUUCAGAGUCUUUGAAAACACUCUUGUGCAGUAUGAGGAAAAGUUAUAUCAUCAGCGUCGACUGCUGGAUGUCAUCUGGACACCCCAAAUGAAGUUACAAUCAGUGGAGCUCACACAGCAACAUGUCUGCAUUGAGGAAGACGUUGUCACUGAGCAGCAACUCUGCAAUCAGGAAAUUAAGUCCAGUCUGGACCACGAGGACUCAAAGCCACCACGGAUAAAAGAGGAACAGGAAGAAAUCUGCACCAGUGUUUUCCAGGAGGACACAGAGCUUGUGCAGAUUAAAGAAGAACAGGAGGAACUCUGCACCAUUGUGGACAUGGAAGAACCAAAUACUUCAUCAAUUAAAGAAGAACAGGAGGAACUCUGCACUAGUGCAGACAUGGAAGAGCAAGAACUUCCACAGAUUAAAGAGGAACAGGAUGAAGUCUGUACCAGUCAGGAGGGAGAGCAGCUUGUAUUGAAGCAGAAGAUUGAUAUCUUUGUUGUCAUUCCUAUUUGUGAGGAAAGUGAUCAAAAUAGGAGAAACAGCAGUCACAGUGAAAAUGUAGACAAUUCUGUAACGUCAGAGGGUCAGUUUAAUACUGACAACACAGAGGAAAAGUCUGUAAAAUGUGGCAUCUGUGGAAAAACUUUUAAGUCUAGGUGCUCUUUAAAGAAACAUCACCUUAGUCACACAAGUGAGAGGCCAUACUCUUGUGGCAUCUGUGGAAAACCCUUUAAGUCUAGGUGCUAUUUAAAGAAACAUUAUCUUAGUCACACAAGUGAGAAACCAUACACUUGUGAAACAUGUGGGACAUGUUUUAAUCGAAGUGGUAGUUUGAAACGCCACAUGGUAACACACGCAGGUGAGAAACCGUAUCCUUGCAGUGUAUGUGGAAAAAAUUUCACUUUAAGUCGCAGCUUAAAAAUCCACAUGCGACUCCAUACAGGUGAGAAGCCAUAUUCUUGUGAAACAUGUGGAAAAAGUUUCACCUUAAGUCAUGGUUUAAAGAACCAUAUGAGAAUCCACACAGCUGAGAAGACAUAUUCUUGUGAAAUAUGUGGAAAAAGUUUCAUUUUUAGUCAUGAUUUGAAAGUCCACAUGAUGUCACACACAGGUGAGAAACCGUACAGCUGCACCACCUGUGGCAAAGGUUUUUCUCAACAAUCAGCACUUAGAACGCAUAUUAGAAUCCACACAGGUGAGAAGCCGUUUUCUUGUAAAUCAUGUGGAAAAAGUUUCAAUCAAAGUGGUAUUUUGUUGCGGCACAUGAGAACUCACACAGAUAGGUCAGAAUCCGCAAACAUUUUGGAGAAUUGUCUCCCACAGCAACAUGUCUGUAAGGAGGAGAAGGUUCUCACUGGCAACCAGCUCAACCACCAGGAGAUGAUAUCCAGUCUGGACACAGAGCCUCCACAGAUUAAAGAGGAGCAGGAGGAACUCUGCAACAGCCUGGAGAGUCAGCAACUUGCACCAAGUCAGGAGACACAUGCCUUUAUGCUGGGAGACAUGAGACUGAGGAUCAUGGAAAACGCCUCCAAUUGGGGUCGUCCACACUGGGAGGAGUCGCAGGCCAUGACCACUGGGGGCGCUGGCACCCAGACCCACAGACCCCCCGACCCCGACAGACAGGGGGACCCCCACACUGAGGUGGGGAGCCCCCCAACCAGCCAGGCUGAAGGGACUCAUGGACAGCACCCCCAGCAGCAGACCAGAUACAGGACCCAUCCUGAGGUUCUCCGGCAGGCUGUUCCACAGGUGGGGGCCAUAGUGGCUAAAUGCCGCCUCACCGUGGAGCUCACACAGCAACAUGUCUGCAUUGAGGAAGACGUUGUCACUGAGCAGCAACUCUGCAAUCAGGAAAUGAAGUCCAGUCUGGACCACGAGGACUCAAAGCCUCCACAGAUAAAAGAGGAACAGGAAGAAAUCUGCACCAGUGUUUUCCAGGAGGACACAGAGUUUGUGCAGAUUAAAGAGGAACAGGAGGAACUCUGCACCAGUGUGGACAUGGAAGAACCAAAUACUUCAUCAAUUAAAGAAGAACAGGAGGAACUCUGCACCAGUGCAGACAUGGAAGAGCAAGAAGUUCCACAGAUUAAAGAGGAACAGGAUGAAGUCUGUACCAGUCAGGAGGGAGAGCAGCUUGUAUUGAAGCAGAAGAUUGAUAUCUUUGUUGUCAUUCCUAUUUCAGAUGAAGUAAAGAUGAAUUCAGUCCAGAAUCUGAGAGAGUUGAUCAACCAGCGACUAACUGCUGCUGCUGAAGAAAUAUUCACAGAGUUUGAGAAAACCAUCGUCCAGUACGAGGAGGAGAUCGAUCGUCAGCGCAGACUGCUGGAUAACAUCUGGAAACCACAGAUAACACAACACACAGCAGGUCUCCCACAGCAACAUGUCUGUAAGGAGGAGAAGGUUCUCACUGGCAACCAGCUCAACCACCAGGAGAUGAUAUCCAGUCUGGACACAGAGCCUCCACAGAUUAAAGAGGAGCAGGAGGAACUCUGCAACAGCCUGGAGAGUCAGCAACUUGCACCAAGUCAGGAGACACAUGCCUUUAUGUUGGUUCAGUGCAAGUCCAAAUGUAGAGAAUUGUCCGGAGAAAUAUUCAGAGUCUUUGAAAAAACUCUUGUGCAGUAUGAGGAAAAGUUUUAUCAUCAGCGUCGACUGCUGGAUGUCAUCUGGACACCCCAAAUGAAGUUACAAUCAGUGGAGCUCACACAGCAACAUGUCUGCAUUGAGGAAGACGUUGUCACUGAGCAGCAACUCUGCAAUCAGGAAAUGAAGUCCAGUCUGGACCACGAGGACUCAAAGCCUCCACAGAUAAAAGAGGAACAGGAAGAAAUCUGCACCAGUGUUUUCCAGGAAGACACAGAGCUUGUGCAGAUUAAAGAGGAACAGGAAGACUUCUGCACCAGUGUUUUCCAGGAGGACACAGAACUUGUACAGAUUAAAGAUGAACAGGAGGAACUCUGCACCAGUGUGGACAUGGAAGAACCAAAUACUUCAUCAAUUAAAGAGGAACAGGAGGAACUCUACACCAGUGUUGACCAGGAGGAGCCAGAACUUCCACAGAUUAAAGAGGAACAGGAUGAAGUCUGUACCAGUCAGGAGAGACAGCAGCUUGUAUUGAAGCAGAAGAUUGAUGUCUUUAUUGUGAGGCCCAUUUGCGAGGAAAGUGAUCAGAAUUUGAGAAACAGCAGUCACAGUAAAAAUGUAGACAAUUCUGUAACGUCAGAGGGUCAGUUUAAUACUGACAGCACAGAGGAAAAAUCUGUAAAAUGUGGCAUCUGCGGAAAAACCUUUAAGUCUGUGUGCUCUUUAAAGAAACAUCAAAUUUGUCACACAGGUGAGAAACCAUACACUUGUGAAACAUGCGGGACAUGUUUUAAUCGAAGUGGUAGUUUGAAACACCACAUGGUAACACACACAGGUGAGAAACCGCAUCCUUGCAGUGUAUGUGGAAAAAGUUUCACUUUAAGUCGCAGUUUAAAAAUCCACAUGCGACUCCAUACAGGUGAGAAACCAUAUUCCUGUGAAACGUGUGGAAAAAGUUUCACCUUAAGUCAUGGUUUGAAAGUCCAUAUGAGAAUCCACACAGCUGAGAAGCCGUAUGCCUGUGAAGAAUGUGGGAAAAGUUUUGUUCAUAGCGCUCACUUGAAAGUCCACAUGAUGUCACACACAGGUGAGAAACCGUACAGCUGCACCACCUGUGGCAAAUGUUUUUCUCAACAAUCAGCACUUAGAACACAUAUUAGAAUCCACACAGGUGAGAAGCCGUUUUCUUGUAAAUCAUGUGGAAAAAGUUUCAAUCAAAGUGGUAUUUUGUUGCGGCACAUGAGAACUCACACAGAUAGGUCAGAAUCCGCAAACAUUUUGGAGAAUUAAGUUUGAAACAACUUGUUAGAAUUGUUGGAGCUUAAAAGUUCCAAUUCCAAGCAUCUUUCAACUGCGCUUUCACAUCAAUCCUGUGAAUUUCUGUCAUGUCACUGUUACAGCCCUGGGCCGCUGCACUCCUCCUCUGCUACAUUUGUAUUAGGUACAGCUGCGUGCUGGUCCUGCAUCUUCAUCCGUUCCACCUCCAUGUUCUUGCCCUGCUCAGAACCCCUGGAGCUGAGGUUGGAUUGGACCAUUCUGAACUACUGCAGUGCCAGGAGGACUUCAAAAGGCUCAUUCAUGCCAGCAUUUGGGGCAGUUCUAGUUAGUAGAGGUUGAGCUGCCUGGUGUUUCUGUGAACAUUUGUGAACCUUUGUGCCUGUGGUUAGAAUGUGUAUGGAGGUAAAAGCUUUGACUUGAAUGGAAACACUAGUAGAGAAUUCUUUGUUAGUUUUCAGUUAGGUGUGCUGCUGCUGUGUAGUUUGGUUUAGAGUCUUCUUGGUUUUGGUCAUCUUUUGUUUUCAUUAAAUCAUAAUAUCAACUUCUGAGUAGUGUUGCUUUCGUCAACGAAAAUUAUGACGAAAUAUCGUCGUCAACGGAACUUUAUCACUUGACGAAAACGAGAUGAGACGAAAUAAUUUCGUCUCGUCUCGUUUUGGUCAACGAAAAUGAAGAGACAUUUAAGCAGAGUUUUUAUUUUGUAAACCAAAUUUCGUCUCGUUUUUAUUCAUCAACAAUAUUGUAUUAUAUAUUUUAUUAUAGUUAUCAUCGCAUAACCACCAUUUACGUUUCGUCUUGUCUCGUUUUCGUCAAGUGAUAAAGGUUCGUUGACGACGAUAUUUCGUCAUAAUUUUCAUUGACGAAAGCAACACUACUUCUGAGCGAAGUUCACUUUCUGUUAUGUUUGUUUUGUUUCAGCAGCAUCCAUUCCCUUUUAACCCUGUAGUUUCUCAGACAUCUAUGAUGUGAAGGUGAAGAAGUCUUGUUUGCUUCAUAAUAAGUUUAUUACAACAAAGACCAGCAUCUGAUCAGGCACCAUGGACUGUCCAGGAGUCUGAUUCAGAACCAAAAUGAGUCUCUCCCUGAACUACAAUCUGAACUCACUUAUAUAGGUUUGUGUUUGUUUGUUUACUGUUAGUAACAGAGCCCCACUGACCGGACAAAGAGUCAGAUCGAUCAACUCUCCAGACAUAGGGACCCCUUCUACAUCAACAUCAUCAAGUUAUCUAAACAUUCCAGAACCUACACAAACACAUUCCAAACUUUAGAUAAUAUAAAUGACGUGUCUCAGGUCAGAUACUACAACCCUCUUACUUUUUUGUACUUUGGUGAACAUGCCCCUUUCAAAUUAAAUUUGAUCAUUCGUUAGGAUCCGGCUUCCCCAGACAGCCGUGUCGUAUCAGUCACAUUGUGAGAGAUGGCAGAAUUUCCUGGACAUUAUUUAAUUGUAACACCACAUCAUAAUUUAAACUGUUUUUACAAUUAUUUAAUUCAUUUUUAUUAUUCUUAUUAUUUCCUCUUUUUUCUGUUUAUUUAAUUAUUUAUUUAUUUAGCUAUUUGCAUUGGUAAAAUCUUAUGUCUUCAUAGAGUUGCACCAGCUUCAACUGACUAAGAAUAAAAUGAUUCCUAAGGUCAGCAUCAAAAAUUUAUUUCAUAAUCUAUUUCACUAAACUACAAUUUCAAUACUAUUUUGAACCAUUAAAUUAAAACUACUACCAAAACUGCCAUAUAGAUGUCUUGGCUGAAGAAAUUCUUUAUAGCAGAGUUUGACAGCAUUCAGAUUUAACUCUUUCACACUCAAGUAGCCCAUAUGCACCUGGCUGUAUAAUACUGGGGAGAAAAAAAGGUGAUAUUGAGAUAUUUAGUUUUACUGUGAUGCAUAUGGCAACACUGUGCUUUCUUUUGUCAAAAAUAUUUUCUAACAACUGACCAGGGUAGCGUUAUCAUGGCCAAAAUAAUAAUUACGAUUGUUUUGAUGUGUUUUGAGAUCACAUUUAGCCUAUUUAACCCAAUUCAUUGAGUUCAGAGAAAAUAUUCAUUGCACUUUCAGAUUUAAAUAAACAGAGCAUUGCUUUAA